GAGCAAGCUCGUACACACUCUCUCCUCGGUCUGUCUUGCUCGGGGUGACUAGCCAAGGCAAGGCUCGGGCGGAGGCCAUCGAGGGAGAGACAAAGGCAACAUGGGCUGGCAACCGGCAGUGUUUGAUCCAUGGCUCAUUGUGGCACAGCUUGUGGCGCUCACGGCUGUCUUCUAUGUUACAGCUGGAGUUGUGAUGAUGCUGUUACUCUGGUGUGUGGCAGCGCCGCCGACACUACAUCUGCUGCUCUCGGCUGAUGCCAUGGACGUGCGUAUCGUUCGUGGUUGGCUCGUCGUCCUCGCCUACCUCGCGGCUCCUGCGCUCUCUGCGCUCGCCAUUCGAUGGCUGGUGGGUCGGGCCAAGAAGUGUCUGGACUUUUGCGUCUCGCUCUAUCUCUUCCAUUUGGCCUUUUGCUGGGCAUCGGGCGGGUGGCCGGCGACGUGGGCGUGGUGGAUCGUCAACGUGGCGUCGGCCGUCGGCAUGGUCUUCCUCUCGGAGCAUCUCUGCAUGCAAGCCGAGCUCCGCGACAUUCCGCGGAUUGUUGCUGUCGAGCCGGAGCCUUGAUGGCGGCGACCAGAGAGUGCAACGGGCGUCGCCAUGGACACAGCGCCCGGCUGCUCCAAUGUGUGCAAGCUGUGGGCACGGCUGUGGAUGUAUCUGAACACACUGCUAUGCUCAUCGGUUCGACAAUGUUCACUCUGCCGAUCGGCGACGGUGGCUACUACGCCUGAUACUCAUCCUUGAGGCGGUACUUGUUGCGGUUCUCGCCAGUCUCAAUGCGGACGCACAUCUCUUGCAGGGCACGUGUCAGCUGAGCACCCGGGACCGAAAUGACGCGCUCGAUCUCUGCGCGCGAGAGCUGCUUGCGGCCGGCCGGCUGGCGCUCAAAGAGCGUGGAGAGGACGUUAAGCAGCUGGUCGUGCACCAUGCCGACCUUCAUCUCGGCCCGGGCCGGCUUGGGUGCGAUCUCAGGCGCGCCUGGAAGCUGCGGCGCAGUAACCGACUCUUCAGCAAAGGUGCCCUUCAGAUCCUCCUCGUUAACCGCCUCUGUGUGCGCGUCCUUCCGGGUAGCCUCGGCGAGGCGGGUCUUGAGCAGCUUCUCACGAUACGCCCGGUCCGAGUUGGAGAGCGGAGUGAGAGUUGUCCGCGUUACGACCUUGCCGUCGAGGCGGAGCUUGCGCUUGCGCGGCUGACCAGGCGCAA